AUGCUCUCCUUCUUCAACUGGGGCCCCAGCCCAAGCCCAACCACAGACUCAAAGAAGGCAUCUCCAGCACCCUCCCAACAAGAGUCCAUCCCGGGAUCAACCGAGCCCCAACCGCAACCACAACCACAACAAACGCAGUUGCAACCACAAAGACCCCUCACAAACCUCAAACUCCUCUUCGGCGGUGUGACCUUCUUCACCCUCUCGCUGCUCAUCACUCGCCGUGCCUUCACCAGGCGCGUCCUUGCCUCCACGCCACCCUACUGGACGUCGUCGGUGUACCACCGCCCUCCCGUCAACGGCGCAGGAGACGCCUUCGAGGCGCUGAGCCUCGCGACGCUGAAUGUGUGUUCGUUUGCGAUGAUGGCUACGGGGGGUGUGCUUUAUGCGCUUGAUAUCAAUAGCGUGGAGGAUAUGCGGCGGUAUGUGAAGAAGGAGAUGGGGACGGGGACGGUGCGGGAUGAGGAGGUGGAGAGGGAGGUGGAGGAGUGGGUUGCUAAGGUGUUGGGGGAGAAGUUCGGGGUGGAGCUGAAGAAGGAGAAGGAGAAGGAAGCAGGAAAUGUUGCAGGGAAAGGGGAGUAG